AUGAACGAAAAUAAAUAUUAUAUUAUUUUUACAAUUUUUCAGCUCGUGCAGAUAGCGGUGUCAUCUGUUUUAGAUCCGAUGAUCGGAAGCAGAUUAAGUGCAGCUUUCCAAAUAGCCUUCGAAACAACAAGUAAUUUUUAUGAAAUGUUCGAACAAUGUGUCAAUACGCCUAUGCCGAACCAACAGUUUAUAACGGAUAAUCUACAUAAUUUUGUCAAUUAUCCGAUGAAAACAACAGUCGGAUUUAACCCUAAAUAUUCAAGCAAUCGAAAGUUUUUUGCCAAUAUGAUCAGCACACCAGCUUUUAAAGAAAUCUUGACCAAAGACGUAUAUGAAAUGCGCAUAGGAUAUCUCAAAAAAAUGAAAUAUUGUGACGAAGCAAUAAUGGACCAACAGAUAUUAAAAGAUUUCUACGAUCGCGAAGUUGAUCAAUCUAAAGUGUAA